AUGGCUAUCAACGGGUACACAGAAAUUGAGAGCUGUCUGGCUGCCAGGCUCUCCAAGCCCAUAUCUGCUGACAGUCAGACAGUCAACGGCCUGAUCAGGGAAUCUCCUUUUACCACUCGGAUUCAUGAAAAGCUACAGGCUGCGAAAGCAAAGGCAUCUCGCGACUUAAGAUCUGAUGUCGUUACUGUUCCUGUUGAGGAAAUGAUGGAGGCCAUUCUUGCGGCCUCGGUCAACGAUGACAUUUACGAUGCCGAGGGCGAUCCGUCUGUCAAGGCCCUCGAGGCGAAGAUGGUUGAGCUGACUGGCACGGAAGCGGCGCUGUGGCGGUUUCAGGCACGCAAGGAAACCAGAUCUGCCUUCGCACCCACCUCACGCAACCUCCCCACAGUGUUCUCUUGCUGGGAGUCUGGAGCCCUGCCGGUCAUGUCUCAAGCCACAGUUACUACGGUCCACCCGAAGAAUGGCAUCCAUCUUACACUCGAAGAUGUGAAGGCUAACAUGAUCGCGGACGGAAACAUCCACUUUCCUCCGACCCGAGUUGUCUCGCUAGAGAGCACCUUGAGCGGCACCGUUCUCCCUCUAGCAGAGGCACGAGCUAUUGCAGAUUACGUUCGUUCAUUCCCAGUUUCCGAGGGUUCACGAUCUGUUGCCAUGCAUCUCGACGCGGCCCGAGUAAUCGAUAGUGUGGUUGCUGAGGGCGUCAGCCUGAAGGACUAUGCUGCAUGCUUUGAUAGCAUGUCUAUCUGCCUAGCUAAGGGUAUCGGUGCCCCUAUGGGGAGCGUUAUUAUGCUUGGCGGUGGUACCCGACAGCCUGGCAUGAUGGCCGCUGCAGCUUUGUCUGCAUUUGAAUAUACAGUGACCCAGUUUCCAGCCAUACAUGCAUUGGCAAAGAGAGCUGGCAGUCAACUCGAGGACACAGGAUACAGGCUAGCGCUGCCUGCGCAAAGCAACAUGGUGGUACUAGAUAUGGCUGGCAUGGAUAUUCCUGGUGCUGCUUUUGUUCAGUACUGCGCCGAUGCGGCAGUCGUUGUCUUCCCCAACGGGCGUUUAGUGUUCCACCAUCAAACCUCAGAGGAGGCCGUUGACGAUCUGGUCAACGCAUUGAAGAGGCUACUCCAGGCCAAGAAGGAUGGUAAAGCUCUGAAAAGUGAGACAGUGCAGGGAGGCUGUUCGUGAAAGCCAACCGUCAAAGGAACGAUAGAAGACAUAGCAAUAAAUCCUUCCUGC